CCGGAGGAAAGGAGUAAAGGAUGGUUAGAAGUUAGAAGAAAGCGAGAUUGUUAGGAAGUAGUGGUUUGAAAGAGCUUAUUCUCUUAACAGCAGACUAACAGGGACAGAGCUUAAUGACUACUCCUUCUCAGGACUCCGUUUGUAAAUUGAAGUAGAUAGAAAAAGACAGUAAAUGCAGCACCGCGAGAACUUGUAACAACUCUCUCAUUCGCUUUGAUUUGUACCUCACAACACGUUUUAAAUGCAACGCUGUUUGAUUUAUGAGAAAAGUAUGGCAGCCGAGACGAGGAACGGCGGGAGCUCACUGAACAACAAUAACUGCAAAGACCACAGCCGGAGGAAGUUACUGGUCGGAGUGGAUCUGUUCUGCUUGUUUUUAGCCGGCCUGCCUUUCUUGGUCAUUGAGACCAGCGCUGUUCAGCCUUACCGUAGAGGGUUUUACUGCGACGAUGAGUCCAUCAAGUACCCGGCCAAAAAUGGAGAUACCAUUAGCGACGGUGUGCUUAGCGCUGCUGGCAUUCUUAUCACCAUCCUGUCUAUCAUCAUUGGGGAGAGCUACAGGAUCUACUAUCUGAACGAGGGAUCCAAGUCUUUCGUAGGGAACCCCUACAUCUCCGCUCUCUACAAGCAGGUGGGCGUGUUCAUCUUCGGAUGUGCCAUCAGUCAGUCCUUCACGGACAUCGCCAAGGUGUCAGUGGGCCGUAUGCGCCCUCACUUCCUGGAUGUGUGCAAACCUGACUUCUCUACCAUCAACUGCUCCCUGGGGUACAUCACUGAUUACCAGUGUCAGGGGCCAGAGAGCAAAGUCCAGGAGGCCAGGAAGUCUUUCUUCUCUGGACACGCAUCAUUCUCCAUGUACACCAUGCUUUACCUGGUGUUUUACCUGCAGUCUCGUUUCACCUGGCAUGGAGCCCGCCUGCUGCGCCCCCUGACCCAGUUCACCCUCAUCAUGAUGUCAUUCUACACUGGCCUGUCCCGUGUCUCUGAUCACAAACACCACCCCACUGAUGUCCUAGCAGGUUUUGUUCAGGGAGCCCUGGUGGCCUACUGCAUUGUAUUCUUUGUCUCUGAUUUGUUCAAGCUCAAAGGUAGACGUUCUACCAUAAUUCCCACCCCUGUGAAAAAAGACCUUGUUCCUCCUGCAGACAUCAGAGAGCGGAGCAACCAUCUCAUCAUAGCAUAGAGAAGACUGCAAACUGACUGUACAUAAUCCUGACCUGUGCCAUUUUAAAUCACUACUACAGCCACUGGUCGAUACUGGAUGACAUGAACUCCGACAAACCUGGAUAAUGCAGACAAAUAUGAUGUCUUGAACAUUUCAGAGGACAGGAAGAGGCGACGGAAAACAGUCGAGUAAGCUCUGCUCUCUCCAUGGAAUUUUUCAUCUUUUCCUCGUGUCUCUUUGGACAUUUUCAUGUGGAAAAAAAAGAGAGAGGGGAAAGGAGAGAGAGAGAGAGCACCAGGGAUAUUUGUUCCUCCUCUGUUUGGAAGAUUACUGGAGACUCUCCUCUGUCAAGACCUUUUCAUGGACAAAAGACUGAAAUCAAACAAAACUGAGAAAGGGCAGCUGUAAACACGGCUGUGUGUGGCUUUUGUGCCUUCUCCCCUCAGCUGCAUCCAGCAUGGGACUUAAUUACGACGAAAAAACAAGCUCCUUGAUUUCACGAAGGAUUUUUGUUUGGUUUUAUUACAAACAUAAGAAUUGUACAGUAUGUGAUUUAUAGCACUAUUUUAGCUAAGCUCAGUACUGUUUGUCACCACUUGAAUGACCUGAAGUGAAGCUUUGAAAAGCUUUGUAACACUUUGUAUGCUUUUUAUUAUGUCCAUAAUGUAGUGUUCCUUAGAAGGCGCACAUAAGUUACAGUAGGUGGAAAGUACGGCGAGCGUGUAUGUGUUGGAUGUGGGCCUCUUUCUGCUGGCUAGGACGAGCCCCCACUGAGCCAUUUAAUGAAAUGACUGUCUGUUACAUGUACCAGACGGGUGCUCACGGGUGUUAGGUCAGAGUGUGUGAGAGUGGAUGUGUGUUCUCUACGUAUACUCCUGUGUGUGUCUGUGUGUGUGGGUGAGGCUUUUCUGUGAGCAUGCCAGUGUGUAUUAAUGUCAUGUCUAUAUAUUUCAGUGUUUAUAGCCUACAAGUGUGCCUCUCUUCAGCCAGGGAACAGGCACCUGCUCCAACAGACACAUGUAACUAGAGAAAGAGACACUGUGGAAACAGAGCAUCACACACAAUACUCUUACUUUACUGUCAUGAAUCAUUGUUAUAAACUCUAUGCUGCACAAGCAUAAAGGUAUAGUUUCAUAUAAAGAGAGGGAACUACUGGAGUUGUGGAUAUUUAUGGAAGCUUUCAGUAUUAAAGCACAAGCAAAAAGAUAAACACUUCAUUAUUUUGGCACAUUGUACUGGCUGAAUAUUUUAUCAAGUCCUAUAAAAGUAUAAUAUGGCUGAAAUGAGGCUCUACUUUGUUAUAGAUACAACUCAUCACUUUGAAUUUUGAAAUAAUCAUGAUGCAGAUAUGUUUGCAUCAUCAGCAAACAACACAAUCUUUUAACCACUUACUAAAAACAUCAUCCUAACUCAGUUAAGAGUGACUGAGACAGACUUUGAUCUGACACUUGUAUAGGAAUUCGUUUUUUUCUAUAUAUACAUGCCUUGUAAAUCUACUCUGCACAGCAAUGGAAAAUUCUUCAUGCUGCCAUAUGUUGUACAAUCCUGUAUCAGUGUAUAUAAACAAUAUAUAUCUUAUGAAGAAACUCCCACUAUGACUUGUGUUGAGACCUGUGUAAAUGUAAAAACAUGCUGCUUUAAAGAGGCAACACUUGGCAAUGUCCUCCGGUAAAGUCGACAACUUGUGAAUACGAAGUUUUAUGAAAAACAAAGCUCUCACAGCAGAUGGCUUCAGUACAUUUUUAUUAAAAAAAAUGCUUUUCAAUAUUUUUGUAAUGUCUUGUGAAAUUUUGUACAAUGAAACAGUAAGAUGUAUCAAAGAUAAAAUGUCUUUAAUAAAGCACAAAAGAUCAAGA